AUGGCUUCACCGCACAGCUUUCUUAACCUCUUAAAUAGCCAGGAAGAGAACGGCUUCUCAUUCUCACCAAAUGUAGACUUAGGAUCCUCUCAGCUCCCACCUUUUAGUUCCCAGUUGACGGAGGAGCCCACUGUGACUGUUGACGCGAAAACAUCGAAGAGGAAAUGGCAUCCAACUAAAGAUAUCGUUUUGAUCUCGGCAUGGUUGAACACAAGCAAGGAUCCCGUCAUCGGGAAUGACCAGAAACCGGCGCAUUUUGGGGUCGUAUCAGUCUCCGUUAAACAGCAAAGCUCUGGUCAAAAUGAUAACGAUCUGAUGAAGGCUGCUCAUCAGAUAUUUGUUAGUGAUCACGGCUUCAAGUUCGGACUUGAACAUUGCUGGCGUGAACUCAGGCACGACCAGAAGUGGUCGUCAGUAUCCGCUGUGAAAGAGAGCGAGGUCAAAAAAAGGAAGAACAAGUCACCGGCUGCAACAUCGCCACAUGAAGUUGAUGCUGAGGAGUCACCAGAGAGUCGGCCCCCGGGUGUGAAGGCAGCGAAGAAGGCUUUGGAAAGCAAUGGCAAGGGUAAAAAGGGUGCUCAAUCCGAUGAAGAUGACGGGCAAGAGUUGACGGAGAUGAACAAGUUUUGGGAAAUAAAGAAACAGGAUCUUGCGAUUAAGGACAGGCUCUCCAAGCAGAAAUUGCUUGAUAGUUUGGUGUUACGAAUGAACUUACUUUCAGAAAAGGAAAGGGCCCUCAAGGAUAAACUAGUUAGUGAACUGUUGGGUUAA